AUAUGUCUUCAUCAGUGCAACUCUUCAGAGAUCAGAAGUACCACGAGCUGAAACAGCAGUGUAUCCAGCAGAGACGGCUCUUCGAAGAUCCCGAGUUUCCAGCCUCAGAUGAGUCCCUUUUCUAUCAGUCAGCACCACCAAGGAGAGUUGAAUGGAAGCGCCCAAAGGACCUCUGUGAAGACCCCCGCCUGUUUGUGAAUGGAAUCAGCUCCCAUGACUUACACCAAGGCACCCUGGGGAACUGCUGGUUUGUGGCUGCAUGCUCCUGCUUGGCUCUGAGGAAGAGCCUCUGGCAGCAGGUGAUUCCAGACUUCAACGAACAAGAAUGGGACCCUAAAAACCCAGAGAAAUAUGCUGGGAUUUUCCGUUUCCGUUUCUGGUGCUUUGGAGAAUGGACAGAGGUGGUUGUUGAUGAUCUGCUGCCAACAAUGGACGGGAAGUUGAUCUACUGCCAUUCCAAUGUGAAAAAUGAAUUCUGGAGUGCAUUAUUGGAGAAAGCUUAUGCAAAGCUGGCUGGAUCUUAUGAAGCCCUAGACGGAGGCAGCGCUGCAGAUGCAAUUGUGGAUUUCACUGGAGCAGUGGCAGAAUCUAUUGAUUUGGUACAGGGCAAAUAUGGUGAGAUUAUUUCUGAGCAGAUGAAGCUGUUUGAAGACUUGCUGAAAGUGCAUAAAAGAGGCGGGUUGAUCAGCUGUUUCAUUACGACUUCCUCUGGCAGUGCCAAUGAAGUGGAGACAGAGAUGGGUCUUGUCAUCGGCCAUGCCUACUCAGUGACUGCAAUUCGGAAGCUGCGCCUUGGAGAAAGGCUCAUAUUCUCUUUUAAUGCAGAAAAGCUGUUCAUGAUCAGGCUGAGGAAUCCCUGGGGAAAAAGAGAGUGGAAUGGUGCCUGGAGCGACAAUUCUGAGGAGUGGAAGAAAGUCAGCAAUUCAGAACGUAAGAGCUUGGGACUGACUCUUGAGAAUGAUGGAGAGUUCUGGAUGACGUUUGAGGACUGGUGUAAGAAUUUCACUGACGUGGACAUCUGCCGGAUUGUGAAUACCUCCUACUUCAGUAUCCACAAGACCUGGGAGAAGAAAAUUAUGCAUGGGGCUUGGGCAAAGAAUUCAGAGCCCCUGCUAAAUCGCUCUGGUGGAUGCUUUGAUAACAAAGAGACUUUCCUUCAGAAUCCUCAGUACGUCUUUGAUGUUAAGAAGACUGAGGACAAAGUGCUGGUCUCAUUACAACAGGAGGAUCGCCGCAAAUACAAGAAAGAAGGGAAAGGAGACAGCAUCCCAAUUGGCUUUGAAAUAUUAAAGGUGGAGGAUAACAGAAGCUAUCGACUCCACAAGCUGACUGUGCAGGAGAGAGUGGCCACAUCUCUGUACAUCAACACACGCACUGUGUUUUUGAAGAGGAUCCUUAAGCAAGGCCGCUACAUCCUUAUCCCAACUACAUAUCAUCCUGGCAUCAUUACAAAGUUUAUCCUGAGACUCUUCACAGACGUGCCAUCAAAACUCAGGGAGCUGAAGGCAGAUAAGCCUAAAAUGACAUGUUGGAGUCUUCUUUGUGGCUAUCCACGCAGAGUCACCCAAAUCAAAAUUCAUUCUGCAGAGGGUUUACAGAAGCAGGACAGAUCAGGCGGAGCAGAUCCCUAUGUGCUUAUCAAGUGUGAGAAUCAAAGCAUGCGCUCCCCUGUGCAACACGAUACGACCAGUGCCAUCUUCGACACACAAGUGAUUUUCUACAGAAAGAACAUCGACAGUCCUAUCAUUGUCCAGGUCUGGAACAGCAACAUCUUGUGUGACCAGUUCCUCGGACAGGCAGUGCUGGCAGCUUCACCCAGUGACCCCAGAGAACAGCAGACUCUGCAGCUCCGAGGGAGAGGCAGCCAAGAAGCAGCCGAGGUGCCAGGUCACAUCACCGUCAAGGUUUUUUCCAGCGAUGACCUCGUGGAGCUAUGAAUACCAAAGCCCCGCAGAGCC